AUGCCGUCCGCACCGCGCUGGCCGAAGAGUUUUCGGUUCUCCAAUCGCCCCGCGACCAAGACCCGCGACCCGCAUGACAUGGAGGUCUCUGCUAUGACCUCACCCCCCACCGACCGUCGUUGCUUCAACUGCAACCGACCGGGACACUUCUCCCGCGAGUGUCGCCAACCACGCCGUGCGCAGACAUCCGCUCGUGGUACUGCCGCAUCCCCUGCACCCCGCUUCGCGCAUCCCGUUGUCGAUCGCGCACGCGGCGGUCGCGAGUUUCCUCGCGGGCGGGGAAACGGGACUCCUCAACAACCUUCCCGCAUGUUGUCCUUCCCCAGUCGUAUCUCUGGGUACGACCGUUUGUUCCGCGUCCUCAUCGACAGCGGUGUGUCGGAAAAUUAUGCCCGACGCGCAUCAAUUCAGCUGAAUCGUUCCAUCUACCCACCCGGCGCGCAUCGCCGCACUCCGUCGUGCGUGUAA